CAUUAUAUUAAACAUAUAUUUAUACACAAACAUUUUUCGCUAUAUCAAUUCAUACUUUAGUCAGUACGAUUUAAUGGAAUAUUGCCAAUGCGGGCGGUACAAGGAGGUGGCGAAGAACCUGCGUUUCGCCAAUCCGGGGGUGCCCACGUCUUCGGAACCGCCGCCGGAGGUUCCGGCCGGUUGGGGGAAGAGAUGGUCGAAGAGGAGGAUCGAUCCGCUGGUGUCGCUGGAAUUCGAGAGGCCCGCGUUCUUCCCCGGAGGAUCCGCGAUUUCCAGCACCGGGGAGGUUUCGCCGAGGUGGAUACCGUUCGGGGACGGCGUGUCGUUGAAGGACGUCAAACGGAACGAGAACCGUAAUUUAGUGGACAGUCCGUAUUAGUUACCGAUUUUUUUUUAUGUAUAUUUUUAAUUGUGCGAAUGGCUGUAUACAAAUACAUCGGGUAAAACGAGGUGGAGUCGUUAAAGUUGUAUAAGGAAUCGGGUCGGUUGUGCGCCUUCAAAAGACAGUAUCGCCCCGGGGAGGAUCUCCCAAAAAAUUUAUAGCGAAUACCUGCGUUAAAUACGGCGAAAUAUACGGGUCUGUAAAUUACGAAUUCGGGCCAUUUUCCCGGAUAAAGUAGGACUAAUUGACGUCGCCCGGUUAGUAUACACUGUCGGGAACCAUGUGGCGUCGUCGGAACCCCUUAUUACGUUCAUUAAGGGAGAGUCUCUUUGAGGUGACGUCGAUUCGCAAAAACUCCCCGAAUUAAUAGAGGGUCUCCCUUAAUUGGGAGAGUAUACCGAGAAACGAUAAUUAACAGGAUUUACAUUAACCCAUCCGAUGCUUUUAUUACCUAAAUAUCUCCAGUUUUAGAUGCUAUUUAGUUAAUAUACUUAUCGUAUUUG